AGCACUGGAUAAGCGCCAAGGCUUCUUUUAUGAUCAUCAACUGCAUGCUUGAGGCUUUUCUUCAAAUUUUGGGGCUUUUGUUAGGGUUCUUUUGUUGGUUAUCUGAUUUUAUAUUCGAAUUUGAUUCGACUCAUCGGUUACCAUGGAGGGGGAGUUGCAUGAUUGGGAGCUGCUUCAUGGGUCUGACAUUGAUUCGAUCGGAUCGCAACCUUCGGAUGAGAAGCCGAAGAGUUCAAGUGGAAUCGAUGGUGUUUCGUUUGGUACGUUUCGCUCUGAUCAUUUCUCUGUUGAUAAUCUCAUCGAACCAUCUGGUAAGACUACUGAUCCGAGCGAAAACGAUUCUGCCGAAUCGGAUGAUUCUGCCCGGGUUGAUUCCGGGUUUGAGAGUCCUAACCGGAGGAAGAACCCGGACGAGGUUGUGGCUUAUUCGAGCUCUAGUCAGCCGGAUGAGUAUCCAUUGAUCGAUGCUUUUGUGAGAAGCGGAUUAGGGUUUACUGAUGGCUCUGGUGGGGAGAUAGAAUUCAAGACUGAUAUUUUGGGUGCUUCCGGAUCGGAUGAAGUUAAACUUAGCAAUUUUGAAGUUGGUGAUGCAGGACACGUCGAGGGCCAAAUUGCUGUUGAAGAAAGUUGUGAGACCCAAGGUCUUGAUGAGGGUUUGAGCAAGUGCUUGUCCGACUCAAGCGAUCUUGAAGCUGCUAAUGAAACCCUUCUUGAGAACAAAGCUGCUAUGGAAGAUACUGGUGAAACCGUAGCUCGUGAUGACGAUUCGAGCAAGAGCUUUUCUGAUUCGGUUUCUGGGAAUGUGAAUAAAGAAAACGUGAUUGUUCCAGAUAUUGGAGUUAUCUCUUCGGAAGAGAUCGAGGGGAAUGACGUGAGGGUCGCUCAACAAGAAGCUGAUGCUGUGAACCCUCCUGCUGUGGGAUCGGGUGAUGAGAGCAAGAGGAGUGGUAUCGUGUGGUGGAAGAUGCCAUUUGUGCUUCUCAAGUACUGUGCCUUUAAGAUUGGCCCGGUCUGGACUGUAUCCAUGGCUGCAGCUGUGAUGGGUUUAGCUAUAUUGGGUCGCAGAUUGUAUAAGGUGAAGAAGAAGGCCCAGAGGUUUCAGCUUAAAGUUACAAUCGACGACAAGAAGAUUUCGCAAGCGAUGAGUCAAGCUUCACGGCUCAACGAAGCAUUUACAGAGGUGAGAAGGGUCCCUGUGAUCCGCCCUGCUCUUCCUUCUCCCGGGGCAUGGCCUGUUUUGAGCCUCAGAUGAAGCUCUAGUUUCCACAAAACCUAGAUGGUAUGAUGAAUCAGUCAUACAUUGUCUCUCUUAUGUUAUGUCGCAAACUAUAUAAUGUAAUAUAUAUAUAUAUGUGUGUGUGUGUGGAAGUAUAGUUUACCAUAUGAGUAAUCAUCAUUGUAAGUCUGUCUCAGCCGUUGGAGAUAUGCAUGUAAGGUUUAAUGUCUCUUAUUCGUGUGGGAUCUUGGGAUUUGUCACA